CUUCCCGUCGGACUUUUUAUACUGAAACACAAAAGCAUGGAGCAAAACAGAUACUCAAACCAAUAGUUGAAUUGUUAUUAUUAAAACAAUUAAGAUACUUAUCAUCAUCGAUACAAGUAUUAUUGUUUUUCAUGUCUGGUCGUUGUGUUCGAUUGAUGGGGUUUAGUGAUGCAACGGGAGGGUUACCAAAGCAUCACUUCCUCCAGAGAUAGCUGCGUUUAUACGAGCUGCUACUGUGAAGAAAAUGUGUGGAAGCUGUGUGAAUUUGUCAACGCCCAGACCCCCGACUUGCUCAGAGAGGUGUAUGCAGUGUUCAUAUCCAAUGAGAGGAGAACGGUUCCUCUCUGGAAGCAGAAAUCUGGCCCAGGAAAUGAACCUGUGAUUUGGGACUAUCAUGUGAUUCUGCUCCAUAAGAGCAGCCAAUGGGGGCAGAGCUUCAUCUAUGACCUGGACUCUGUGCUGGCUUGUCCCUGCGACCUGCAGCUCUACGCUGAGCAGGCCUUCCGUUCGGACAAGGGACUCAAACCAGCCUUCUGGAGGAAGGUGAGGGUCAUCCCUGCCGAGGUGUUCCUCAAGACCUUUGCGUCGGACCGCUCACACAUGAAGCAGGCCGGAGUGUGGCAGAAGCCCCCACCUCCCUAUCCCUGCAUCGAGACACCAGAUUCGGUGAUGAACCUGGAUGACUUUAUCAGCAUGAAUCCCCGUGUUGGUGUGGGGAAUGUCUUCUCCCUGCCAGAGUUCAUCCAACAUUUCACAGCGAAUCUUUAACCCUGAUCAGCAGGUCUUUUGAACUCCAACUAAAUUUGUUUAAUCUUAAUAUCCUUCAUUCUUUGAUAUGCAGGCUGGCAAAGUGAAUCAAUUGUUACUUGGCCCAUAACUGACCAACCCACUAAAUGUGGUGCAAAUCCCUGCCCAACCUUUUGAGAUAUCCCACACAAAGAAAGACAAGAGGCACACACAGGGCGGAAACAUCAAUGAAGAUCACCUGCUUUUAACAAGCCAGCAACGUUUGUUCUACAGCAAGUCUUUGGUUUACAGCCACCAUGCACUACAUUUUUUUCCCAUGACAUAAUAGCAAGGUUAAUACAAUGGAGAAAGGUUUUCAUACGAAAUGAUUAAUUGUACUGGUGAAUGAACAAUAUUCUUGUCAUGUAUUUCUGUAUACUAUAUAAAUAUAUAUCAAACAGUGUUUCCCCUUAAUUUUUUCCCCAGCAGUGGUGCUCUGUUGUGUACUACUUUGAUGUGCGCUAGAUAGUGCUGAUGUCUGAUUCUCACACAAAGUCUUAGAAGAAUGUAACUCCAAAGGAAAUAGCAUGUGAGCACAUUAUGUGCACAAGCCAAGUUGCCUUGGCAUUAGCGCCAAUGGUUUCAGUCUAAUUUUGAGCCAUCCUAUCGUCUGUUUUCCAUAAUACUGCUGU